CACCCGUCGCACAUCACAAACAAGAGGCAUCAUGCCUUCUCUCGGGUGGCUCAUCACCUUAUCGACCUUCAUACUCCUUGGCUCCGUUGUAUACCAGAAUCAGCAGAAGCUGUUGGAGCCGAUAACCAGUUCGCUAGCGUUCAAGGUCUUGCUGCAGCUCUUCGAAGAAACCCAUUGCUACGUCACCGUUCGGACAAACUCAGCGGACUUGCCCCAUGCUGAAUGUUUCAGCGUUGCAAAUGGGAAGUUCAAGCGAGUUUUCCUCGAUGAGACGUCGAUGGAUAUUGUAAAGGAGAGGCGGAAGGGGCACGUGAUUCCGGGAUUGUGGGACGGACACGGCCACUUGUCGCAAUUUGGCGAGUCUCUGGACUCUGUCGACUUGUUCGGCACGAAGUCGAUGGAUGAGAUGAAGCAGCGGCUUGUCAAGUACAAGGCUGGGCAUGAAGACGCGGGAACGAGCGAGCAAUGGCUGAGGGGGGUUGGCUGGGAUCAAGCCAAUUUCAAGGGGAAAUGGCCAGUAGCAAAAGACCUCGAUAUCGACGGACAGUUCAAAGACCUUUACGUGAUGCUUGACCGGGUCGAUGUUCACUGUAUCUGGGUCUCCGAAAAAGUUCUGUCACUCCUACCAAAUCCUUUGCCAGAGAUUGCCGGGGGCGAGGUGCCUGCGAAAGGAGUUUUCUGUGACAACGCCAUGGACAUCGUUAUGAAGUACUACCCAAAGCCGAGCAAGGAGCGAAGGACCCAGUGGAUCCAAGAUGCUAUGUUUGAGCUGAACAAACUUGGAAUCGUUGGAAUGCAUGAUGCGGGUGUCUUCCCCUCCGAGCUGAAGCUUUACGAGGAGCUCUCGACGAGCGACGCAUGGACCGUUCGCGUCUACGCAAUGGCUGAGUGCGAGACAAGAAACACAUUUUGUGCGGAAGACGUUACCAAGAUUAGUACACCCAAUGGAAACUUCCAUAUGCAAAGCGUAAAGCUGUUCGCUGACGGCGCCCUCGGCAGCUGGGGUAGUGCCAUGCUCGAGCCCUACAGCGACAAAAAGAGCUCCUCAGGCACGCUCCUCGUCAACGCCACCACGCUCUCCAAAAUCACCCACGAGUGGGCACAUGCAGGAUACCAAGUCAAUAUUCACGCGAUUGGUGACCUAGCCGCGCGGCUCGCCAUCAACGCAUUCGAGGAAGCUCUCAAGACUCUCUGCCCAGGAUCCACUCUUCGCGAAUGUCAGGCAAAAUACCGGUUCCGCAUCGAACACGCGCAAAUCAUCCAUCCCGACGACCAGCAGAGGAUGAACGAGAUCGGCAUCAUCCCCAGCAUACAACCCACGCACGCCACCUCGGACAUGCACUACGCCGAGACCAAGCUUGGAAAACGUCGCACGUCAGAGGAAGCCUAUCGCAUGCGCUCGCUACUCCCCCUGAAGCCAGUGUUCGGCAGCGAUUUCCCUGUGGAGCCGGCAGAUGUAUUCCAAGGAAUUUACGCCGCUGUCACACGACGAAGUCCCAAAACGGGCCUCGAUGCCGAUGGCCAAACGAAAGGAUGGUACGAUGACGAGACUGUCACGCUUGAAGAUGCUCUGGAAGGGUUCACUGUCAACCCGGCUUAUGCAGCCUUCCUGGAAGGCAAGGCCGGUGUGAUCGAGGCAGGUGCCUAUGCGGAUUGGAUCGUAUUGGAAGAGCCGCUGGAGACGCUCGACACGGAGUCACUUCGCAACAUCAAGGUUAAGGAGACGUGGGUCGGUGGAAAGAUGGUGUAUAGAGCAGCAAGCCCAAUGGAGGCGCCCUGGUAGACGGUAUC